AGUCGGAGAUCAACAAACAUGUCGGCUGCCGUGUUCUUGAGGGCUCUGAGGCCGACUCAAAUAGCGUCCAGCGCCUUACUUGGGAACAGAAAAAUCAUUGGCCAUGCUGUAGGAAGAGCACCACUGCUGUCAGCUGUCAGUGGACUCAGAACACCAGCUUUCACUCCUCCAGUUGUGCAACAGAGUGUUAAGCAAGAACUUGUUAAAGACUGCAACCAAGAACAAGAUCUUUUUACUGAAAAUGUAAUAAGCAAGGUGAACAACCAGAUCAUCAAAGGAAGCCAUGGGAGAUUAUUUGCUGUAGUAUAUAUCCACGGCCAUCAGCAUCUUGUAACGCCAGAGGAUUUAGUUGUCGUGCAGGGUGUUUUCCCACCUUCUAUUGGAGACGUCAUCAGAUUAGAGAAGGUGUUGUGUGUGGGUGGACAAGACUUCACCUUAUUUGGACGGCCAUUGCUUAGGAAGGACCUGAUAAACGUGGAGGCAACUGUUGUAGAAAAGACCUUGUCUCACUGCCGAGUUUAUUUCUAUAAUAGGAGGCGCAAGAAUUCAAGGAAGACAAAGUUCAACAGGGAAACACACACCCUCUUGAGGAUCAACCGCGUUGAAAUCAUGCAGAAGAUUGAUGAGGUACCGGAAGUGGACGGUGUUGAUGGAAGAAUAUUUUAAUGUUUGCAAGAAAAAGUUAGACGUUAAUGUAAAUAAAUUUCAUAGAUAUAUGUA